AUGGCUUCCUUAUCUUCUUCCUUGCUAGUGAUUCUUGUUUUUGUAAUAACACCAGCAUCAUCAGCAGCAGCAGCUUCCGUUCGAACGUAUUUACCGGGAACUUUCGUCCGGUCGUCCCUCAAGAAAGUUGCAAAGAAUGCGAAGCCAAAAUUACCAUAUGAAGUCCAUUAUUUCCCACAGAAUUUGGAUCACUUCACAUUUCAGCCCAAGAGCUACAAAAUUUUCUACCAGAAAUAUCUGAUCAACAGCCAGUUUUGGAAGAAGGGCUCUCCUAUUUUCGUGUACACCGGAAACGAAGGAGAUAUCGAUUGGUUUGCGGCUAACACCGGAUUCUUGCUCGAUAUUGCUCCCAAGUUUCGUGCUCUUCUCGUGUUUAUCGAGCAUAGGUUCUAUGGAGAAUCGAUGCCGUUCGGAAAGCACUCUUACCGGUCUGCAAAGACGUUGGGGUACUUAAAUUCACAGCAAGCACUGGCUGAUUUUGCUCUCCUCAUUAGAAGUUUGAAGCAAAAUUUAUCUUCUGAGGGCUCCCCUGUUGUGGUCUUUGGAGGGUCUUAUGGAGGAAUGCUUGCUGCUUGGUUUAGACUAAAAUAUCCACACAUAGCCAUUGGAGCUUUGGCAUCUUCGGCCCCAAUCUUGCAGUUCGAUACCAUCACUCCUUGGUCGAGUUUCUAUGAUGGUGUCUCCAAGGACUUCAAGGAUGUGAGCUUAAAUUGCUAUCAAGUAAUAAAGGACAGUUGGGCAGAAUUGGAAGCCUUUUCCAAACAAGGACUAGACGAACUCAGCCGUGACUUCAGGGCUUGCAAAAAAGUUCGGUCGAUUUAUUCUGCCCGGGACUGGCUUUGGGAUGCCUUUGUAUACACAACGAUGAUGAAUUAUCCCACGGCAUCUAACUUCAUGAAGCCACUUCCUGCUUACCCGGUUAAAGAGAUGUGUAAGAUUAUCGAUCGAUCACCCCCAGAAGCUACAAAGCUAACUAGAGUCUUCGAGGCUGCUAGCUUAUAUUACAAUCACUCGAGAAGUGAAAAAUGCUUCGAGUUAGAAAACGAAACCGAUGAUCAUGGCCUCCAUGGUUGGGAUUGGCAGGCAUGCACAGAGAUGGUAAUGCCAAUGACAAUCUCGAACGAGAGCAUGUUCCCGCCAUCUUCAUUCAGUUACAAAGACUUCUCGGAUAAUUGUAAGAAAGAUUUCGGAGUAACCCCUCGACAGCACUGGAUCACGACUGAAUUUGGUGGCUCGAACAUUGAACAUGUGCUGAAGAGAUUUGGCAGCAACAUUAUAUUUUCCAGUGGACUGCAAGAUCCAUGGAGCAGAGGCAGUGUGCUGAAAAACAUAUCUGCAAGCAUUGUGGCUCUAGUGGCUGAGGAAGGAGCACACCAUACGGAUUUGCGGGCAGCGACGAAAGAUGAUCCCCAGUGGCUAAUCGAGCAGAGGAAGCAGGAAGUCGAGAUUAUAAGGAAGUGGAUAUCGGAUUAUUAUUACGACUAG